AUGGCUGCUAAAUGCACAGUACAAGCAUGCUCAUCGUCGUACCCUUCCUCACCACACCACAAAUAUGAUGUCUUCUUGAGUUUUAGUGGAGUCGAUACUCGUAAAAAAUUUACUAGUCAUUUGUUAGUGGCUUUAGAACGAAAUGGUUUGCAAACAUUUAGAGAUGACAAAAGACUAGAUAGAGGAGAAGAUAUUGGGUCGGCAUUAUUUGAAGCAAUUGAGGAUUCAAGGAUUUCUCUUGUUGUGUUCUCAAAAAGCUAUUUUACAUCCAGGUGGUGUCUCAAUGAACUUGAGAAAAUUAUGGAAUGCAAGAAGAAAUUGCAGCAUAUUGUUCUGCCUAUUUUCUAUGAGGUUGAGCCAUCUGACCUACGGGUGCAGAAGGGCAUAAUUGCAGGAGCAUUGGCCAGCCACAAAGAAAUAGAUUCCAAGAUGCAAAAUUGGAUAGCUGCUCUAACUGAGGCUGCCAGCUUGUCUGGUUGGGUCAAAACAAAUAUGGGGGAAAGGGAUGAGGCAGAUUUAAUUGAGAAUAUUGUCGCAGAGGUAGCAAACAAAUUAAGUCCAGUGCAUCUAAAUGUUGCAGACUACCCAGUUGGAAUAAUGUCUCGUCUACGAAAGCUUACUACACUAUUGCACCUUGAGUCAUCAAAUAAUAUUUGUAUUGUUGCUAUAUGGGGAAUUGGCGGUAUCGGAAAGACAACAAUUGCCAAAGCUGCUUAUAAUAGUUUUCAUCGUCAGUUUGAAGGUAGUAGCUUUGUUGCAGAUGUAAGAGAAAAUUCCAUGCAGAUAAAUGGUUUAAUUCUUUUGCAACAACAGAUAUUAUGUGAUAUCUUGAAAAAUGGAAGUUGUAAUAUAGGAAACUCUCAUGAAGGGAUUGAACUCAUAAAAAGAAGGGCAUUUUGUGGAAGAAAAGUUCUACUUGUUUUAGACGAUGUGGAUCAUAUUCAACAGUUAAAAGCACUAGCUAUCAAUCCAAAGUUCUUUCAUCGUGGGAGUAGAAUCAUUAUAACUACUAGAAAUAUUUCUUCUCUAAAUUCACUAAGAUCAAUAGGUGAGGUAUAUACUCUUGAGGAAUUGGAUAAGUAUGAAUCACUUCAACUCUUUAGUUGGCAUGCUUUUAAGGAUCAUCGUCCCAUGGAAAAAUAUAUGGACCUUUCAAAUGAAAUAGUGGAGUAUGCGAAAGGCAUUCCAUUAACUCUUGAAGUUUUGGGUUGCUUCUUGUUUGGAAAAACAAAAUCUGAAUGGAGAAGUGCUAUGGAAAAAAUAAAGAAGAUUCCUCAUGAGGAUGUUAUGGGAAAACUCAAGAUAAGUUUUGAUUCACUUAAUAAAGAGGAUAAGGAUUUGUUCCUAGACAUAGCAUGUUACUUUGCAGGGAUGAGUGAAAAUUUUACUAUUCAAGUAUUGCAAGCUUGUAACUUUUUUCCAAAAAUUGGGAUUCGAUGCUUAGCUGAUCAUUAUCUCAUAAAAUUGAAGUUGGGAUUUGAGUUUGCACAUGAGUCUCAAUUCAAGCAUCAAAUAGUAAUGCAUGAUCUACUUAGGGACAUGGGGAGAGAGAUAGUUCGACGAGAAUCCUUUAAUUAUCCAGGUAAGCGUAGCAGAUUGUGGGAUCAUGAAGAUGCUCUUGAAGUAUUGAGAUAUGAUAAGGGAACGGAAGUGGUGGAAGGCCUCAUUCUACUAUCUCUCGAUAGAAAUGGCAUCAAAGUGACUGCAAAAGCCUUUCAAAAAAUGAGCAGACUCAGAAUUCUGGUCAAAUUAAAAUUUCUUUAUCUGAGUCAUUGUUAUUACCUAACCGCAACACCUGACUUCUCUGGACUCUCUAAUCUGGAAGAAUUGUUUCUUGACAAUUGCAUACGAUUGGUAGAGGUUGAUGGCUCUAUUAGAUACCUCCAAAAACUUCUUGUUCUAGACCUUGCAAGCUGUAAAAGGCUUAGAAAACUUCCCCCAGGGCCUUGGAUGUUGAAUCCUAAAAUACUUAAUCUGUCUGGAUGCUCUAAACUGGAAGCUUUUGCUAAAUUUCAAGGAGCAACAUCGAAGUCUGGAUACUCGUUGCUGUCAUCUUGGGCAUUGCGGACAAAGAGUGUGGAUUCUAUUGUUUUGUCACUGAACUCCGUACAAGGCUUAAGGUGCUUAAAGCUUUUGCGCAUGGAAAACUGCAGCUUGUCGAAUAUACCCACUGAAAUUGGGACACUGAUCCAAUUGGAAUGUUUGGAUCUUGUAGGAAACAAGUUCUCUAGCCUACCAGACAGCAUGAGUAACCUUACUAACCUAGUGCACCUUAAUUUGAAUUACUGUACACGACUCCAAUCCCUCCCAAAACUUUCGGCAAGUUUGCUCUUUGUCGAAGUGCAGAAUUGCCCAUCUUUGGAAAGUGUAUCACUUGAAUCAGACUGGCAACACACGGACAUGUUGUUUUACAAUUGUCCUCAAUUAGAUGAGAACUAUUUUGCCAACGAGCUUGCAAGAAAUUUGCUCCAUGUCUCGGGAUCAGGGACACUUAGUAUUUCUAUUUCAGGGGACAAGUUUAUAGAUUGGUUGCCGUAUCAGACUACAGGAUCAAGCAUGUCAUUUGUAGUGCCAAGUCGUGCAAAUCAAAGUUUAGUAGGGUGGGUAUUUUGUUUAGUCUACAAAGCUGAAGCAGAUUUUUGGCGCUUUUGUAUCGAAAUCCACAACAAAACCAAAGGCAAUCGGAUCAAUCACGAACGAGAAGAUAGCAUACAUCCCAAAUCAUUGGGACGCGGCCCCUUCAGAGAUGGCACGGUGCUUGGCUAUAAUAUGUCGUUUUGUCGGGAACAUACAGAUCAGAUGCAAGGAGGCGAUGAAGUAGAGAUUUCCGUUGUAUCGUAUAAUUUAUCGCUCAAGCAGUGGGGGAUUCAUCCCAUUUACCAGAAUAUUGAAUAUUAA